GACUUGUGGCACACAAACAGUAAAAUAAAUGUUUAUUAAAUAAAUGCCGAUGAGCGGCACACCUUCCCGCACGCAGCGUCGCUGUUCCCCAGUCAUAUGCUCUUGUGACAUCACGGUCGCCUUGGCAGUCAUAACCAAGAGAAACGGAGGAAACGGCGAAUGUACAGCUCCUGGUGCUGAGUGAAUUUGGAUCUGAAGAAUCUCACAGUGUCUCUACCGGCAUUGCUUUUAGGAAUUUGACUGAAGCUUCAAAGUAGUCCGAAAUGUUUAGCGGGAUCAUUUAGACUACGUUGAAGAAAACAAGGAUCUGGGGUAACAAUGGAAGGCUUGGUCUGUUCUGAAUAUUGGAAAAGGUAUGUGUCGACAAUUAUUCUUUUUGUUGCCACCUUAAAUUCCACGUUGGCUGUAUCACACUAUUCUGUUCCCGAGGAACUUGAAGAAGACUCUGUCGUCGCAAAUCUAGCUGGGGAUUUGGGACUAGAUGUGAAGACAUUAGUCGAACGGAAAAUGCGCAUUGAGAUUAUUGCAAAUCGGAAAUAUCUGGACGUGAACAAAGAAACAGGGGAGCUUUACAUUGUUGAACGAAUUGACAGAGAGUCCUUAUGUCCCGCCAAGACAUCCUGUUAUCUGAAAAUGGAAGCAAUAAUUGAAAACCCAAAACGAAUAUUUUAUAUUGAAUUAGAGAUAAUGGACAUAAAUGACAACGCACCUCAUUUUCGAAGAGACACGAUAGAUUUAGACAUUUCAGAGGCUACGCAGGCUGGUGAGCGCUUUUCUGUGAGUAAUGCAGUUGACCCAGACGUUGGUUCAAACUCUGUGAAAACAUACAAUUUGAGCGAAAGUCAUUAUUUCACAAUAGAAAUUCAGACUGGAAGAGAUGGAUCCAAAUUUGCUGAUUUAAUCCUGAAAAAGACAUUGGACCGAGAGGAGCAGGCUGUUCAUUAUUUAAUACUUACAGCUGUAGAUGGCGGUAUGCCAUCUCGUUCUGGUACUGCCAGCAUUAUUGUUCAUGUUUUAGACACAAAUGACAACGCCCCUACAUUUAAAGAAGAGAGCUACAAAAUCAAUGUAAUGGAAAAUUCUCCGAUCGGAAGUCUUGUUAUUCAUCUCAAUGCGACAGACUUAGAUAAAGGGUCAAAUUCAGAUUUGAUAUACUCAUACAGUCUAUACACUUCCGAGAAGACGCAAGACACAUUUAAUUUGAAUCCUUCCACUGGUGAAAUUACUGUCAAAGGAUUGUUAAAUUAUGAGGAUUUCAGGAUUUACGAUAUGGAAGUUAUAGCUACUGAUAAAGGAGCCAAUAGUUUAUCAGGACAAUGUACUAUAAAGAUUCUGGUUGAAGACAUGAACGACAACCAUCCAGAAUUAUCUAUUAAAUCAUUUCGGAGUCCAGUCAAUGAAAACAUAGAGAUAGAAACAGUGAUAGCAGUAGUUAGUGUCAGUGAUAAAGACUCAGGUGAUAAUGGAGUGGUUGAUCUUCAUAUUCCAGAUAAC